GUGUGAAUAUAAUGCCCUCCCACCAUACUAAGAGGCAAACCUCAUCAUGGUUGAGUUAGAUUGGAACAACGUGCCCAAAGAUUUAUGCCCUGUUUGCAAAACCGAUAAGUAUCUUUCCCCUGAAAUCGAAUUCAAGAUCAACCCCGAGUGUUACCACAAAAUAUGUGAUGCCUGCGUAGAUAGAAUUUUUGCUCUUGGACCGUCUCCAUGUCCAUAUCCUAAUUGUGAUAAAAUAUUGAGACGAAACAAAUUCAAAGCUCAAGUGUUUGACGACUUGAAUGUGGAAAGAGAGUGUGAUAUACGAAGGCGUGUAUUAAGUGUCUACAAUAAAAAGGAAGGUGACUUUCAAACUCCGGAAAUGUAUGACAAAUAUUUGGAAGAGAUCGAAGACAUCGUAUACAAACUCUUGAAUAGGUUGGAUAUCGAGGAAACGGAAGAAAGGCUCAGACAAUAUUCGAUUGAGAACAAACAAUCUAUCGAACUAAAUAAUGCAAGACGAGAACAAGAAUACGAGAAAUUUAUCAAAUUACAGAAGUUAGAGAGGCAAUACAAGUCAGAAAGAAAUAGACUUAACAAUGAAGUGAUAAAUGAGGAAAAGAAGUUGAAAACUUUGCAAAAAGAACAGGUUAUCGAUCAGCUACAAAAUGCAGCUUCAGAUAAAGAUCCCAAGUUGAUAUUAGAAACUAUUAGAAAUGUAACAAUGGAGAAAACUAAAAAGUGCAGAGAUCAGUUGCAGAAGUUAGAAGAAAAAUAUUUGCGGCAGAAAGAAGCUAUACGCAAAAAUCUCAACCCUAACGAUAUCAAAAACAAGAACAAGAGUAAGAUUCCGUUUACUCCGUUCAAUGGAGACAGAUUGGUCGAGCUGCCGUUCAAGUUCGAUGGCAAUGGGUACAAAGACCCAUUCUUUUCCAAGAGUGUGGAUGACAUACAAUACAAAGCUUCAGGAUAUAAGCUAGAUGAGUACUAUCAAAGAUCUUUGAACGACGCAUUCACCGGACUUGAAUGCUAUAUUGCAGAUGAGAAAAUGUCUGUUUAGAAAUUUAGGUGUAGAAUAUAUCUAAACUAAUUAAGGAAUAUUGACCCCCAACUCCUUCUUCAGGAACGCCUUACUGAAGCUUACACAUUGCUGGUAGCACGUUUCAAACCCAUCGGUUCCACCAUAGUAGGGAUCGUCAAUUACUGUAUCGAAAGAAUCGCUAUCUUUCCAUUCGCCAAACAUACCGACAACCGCCGUUGAGUUCUUAGGCUUCAGCCUUUUCAGAUUGUACAAGUUAGAGUCAUCCAUACACAAAAUGUAAUCGAAUUCCGUAAAGUGCUUGCUCUUUAUUUGCUGGCCUCUAUGGUUUAUCGGGACAUCAUGAUUUUUACAAGUUUUGAUUGUUCUCGAGUCUGAGCGGUCACCAACAUGGUAACCGGCGGUCCCAAAUGAAUCAAUAUAGGUCACAGUAUCUGCAAGUUUGUUUUCAUUCACAAUUUUUCUGAAGACAGCU